UCAGUAGCUUUUGGUUCCUGCCACUUCACACACACAGAUGUAUUAAAGCCAGAUCCAUAACCACCUUCUCGUCAGUCCACUCUCACACACACCCUCAUCCCACCUUCUCUGUGUGGGGGUGCGUUUAGCUUUGGCAAUGCCGGCUUUAGCAAACGGAUAACACUCCCCUUGGAGGAGAACAUACUGAAACUUCCUCUCCAUUCCUUAAGGACACACUCGCUGAACAGCCAGAAAUCUACCUUACAGCUAGAAAACAAAGACAUGAAGUUGACCGCUGUCAUUGUCUGUGGCUUUAGAUGUCCAUUGUCAUGGCCAAGCGGGACGCUGGGAGCACCAGCCCCGUGGUCCGUCAGAUAGACAAGCAGUUCCUGGUUUGCAGCAUCUGUUUGGAUCACUACCAUAACCCCAAGGUCCUGCCCUGUCUGCACACUUUUUGUGAAAGCUGUCUCCAGAAUUACAUUCCGGCGGAGUCUCUAACACUCUCGUGCCCCGUGUGCCGGCAAACAUCCAUUCUGCCCGAGAAAGGAGUGUGCGCCCUGCAGAACAACUUCUUCAUCACUAAUCUCAUGGAGGUUCUCCAGCGUGAGCCAGAGUGUUCACGGCCUGAGGCAUGCAGCGUGUUGGAGUCGGUCAGUGCUGCAGCAGCAGGGAAGCCCCUUUGCUGCCCAAACCACGAGGGAAAGGUGAUGGAGUUCUACUGCGAGUCCUGUGAGACAGCCAUGUGUCUGGACUGCACAGAGGGAGAGCAUGGAGAUCAUAUGACUGUUCCUCUGCGGGAUGUAGUGGAGCAGCACAAAGCUGCUCUAAAAACCCAGCUUGAUGCCAUUCGCAGCAGGCUUCCUCAGCUGACUGCAGCCAUUGAGCUGGUGAGUGAGAUCUCCCGACAGCUAAAUGAAAGGAAAACUGAGGCAGUAGCGGAGAUCAACAGCACAUUUGAAGAAUUGGAGCGACUGCUGCAUCAUCGCAAGACCGCCCUAAUCACAGACCUGGAGAACAUCUGCAGCAGCAAGCAAAAGGUCCUCCAUACCCAGCUCUCCUCCCUUCUCCAGGGGAAGGAGCACAUCCAGAGCAGCUGCAGCUUCACAGAGCAGGCUCUCAGCCAUGGGAAUGCAACCGAGGUGCUGCUGGUUCAGAAACAGAUGAGUGAGCGGGUCACAGCUUUGGCCAGACACGACUUUCCAGAAAAACCCCAUCAGAACGCGCAUCUAGACUGUCAGGUGGAGACGGAAGGGCUGCGGCGCUCCAUCCAGAACCUGGGCGUUCUCCUCACAACAUCAGCUGUGGCCCACACCUCUGUGGCCACUGGAGAGGGACUCCGACAUGCAGCAACUGGACAGCACAAAACCAUUACCGUGACAACAAAAGACAAAGAUGGAGAAUUGGUGCGGACAGGUAAUGCUGUUUUAAAGGCAGAGAUACUGUCAGCUGAUGGUAACAGAGCGGCAGAGACGGAAAUAACAGACAACAAGAACGGGACAUACGAGGUGGGCUACACGUUACGCUCCGAAGGAGAGUACUCAUUCAGCCUGUUACUGUAUGGUCAGCCCAUACGAGGCAGCCCUUUCCGCCUGAGAGCAGUCAAGCCAUCAGAUGUGCCCCAGUCUCCGGACGACGUGAAAAGGAGAGUAAAGUCCCCCAGUGGAACAGGGGGCCACAUCCGUCAGAAAGCCGUACGACGGCCCUCCAGCAUGUACAGCACUACCAAGAAAAAGGAGAACCCAAUUGAGGAUGAGCUCAUCUACAGAGUUGGUUCCAGGGGAAGAGAAAAGGGUGAAUUCACAAAUCUGCAAGGAAUCUCAGCCUCCAGCAAUGGCAGAGUGGUGGUGGCUGACAGCAACAACCAGUGCAUACAGGUGUUUUCCAAUGAUGGGCAGUUUAAAAUGCGCUUCGGGGUCAGGGGCCGUUCUCCAGGACAACUACAGAGACCGACAGGAGUCACUGUAGACAUGAACGGGGACAUCGUGGUGGCCGAUUACGACAACAGAUGGGUCAGCAUCUUCUCCUCAGAUGGCAAGUUUAAGAAUAAGAUCGGUGCAGGACGUCUCAUGGGUCCUAAAGGAGUGGCCGUGGAUAAAAAUGGACACAUCAUCACUGUGGACAACAAAGCCUGCUGUGUCUUCAUCUUUCAGUCCAAUGGGAAGCUGGUGACUAAGUUUGGGGGCAGAGGGACGUCUGAUAGACAGUUUGCAGAAAAACUUGGCCCAAACUUUAAUAAAUCUGGCUCAGUUUUCAGUCCACAUUUUGUUGCAGUCAACAACAAGAAUGAAAUCAUAGUGACAGACUUUCACAAUCAUUCUGUGAAGGUGUACAGCGCUGAUGGGGAGUUCCUGUUCAAGUUUGGCUCUCACGGUGAAGGUAAUGGCCAGUUCAACGCGCCCACUGGUGUUGCUGUAGAUACCAACGGAAACAUCAUUGUAGCCGACUGGGGUAACAGCAGAAUACAGGUCUUUGAUAGCACCGGGUCGUUCCUGUCCUACAUUAAUACCUCAGCAGACCCUCUCUACGGCCCCCAGGGCCUCGCUCUCACCUCAGACGGACAUGUGGCAGUUGCCGACUCCGGUAAUCACUGUUUUAAAGUUUACAGAUAUCUGCAGUAGACAAAUGAAAAGGCAUCAAAAAUCCUGCUUGGGUAAAUAAAUAUUUCAUAACACUUCUAGCUGCAACGUUCCUGCUCUUUCUGGCCAGAACACAGUAUUCCUUCUUCGUAGACUGCAUUGCUUAGGGCAAAGGAAAUGCAAACCAUAUAAUAAUAAAAAAAAAUGGAUUCCUAGUUUUAGAAAAA